AUGGCCCUUCAUUUGAAAAAUACAUCUGUUCUGCCUAUUACUAACGUGACGUGGGAAAGAAGAAACAGCAGCACUUACGUCUAUGAAAUUAUCGAUAUACUGUCCGAUAAUCGUUAUACUGGUGGAGAAAUUCUCUCACCAUCACUAACAAUUAUACACGUGGAUCUGACUGAUGAAACUUAUUAUCGUGUAAGAGCUACGAACGACGAAGGAACAACAACGACAACAGUUUACCUUGAUGUACUACCCCGGCUUCCUUCAAUAACAACUGGGCAAACAAAUUUUUACAUCGAGAAAGGAACAAAUGUAACUCUAUCACUCAACUACACAUCGGCUCUCAACGUCACCUCAGUCGUAUGGGAGAAAGGUAUCCCACCAAUGUUCUUUUAUGAACCAAUCGAUGUAUUGAACGAUGAAGGAUAUUAUGGGGGAACCAUCGAAUCUCCGUCACUUUUUAUCACCAGUAUAUCGUUAGAGUAUGUUUCCGCCCUCUAUCGAUGUAAGAUUUCAAAUUUGGAAGGAGAGAGCUACAGCAGCCCCUUUUACAUACGGGUUACAAAAUCUCCACCUUCGAUAUUACUAUCCUCGAGGUAUUAUGUUUAUACGGGAGCAAAUGUUACUCUAGAGACAGAAGUCAAUUCAUCUCUUGCAAUCACAAAUAUAACCUGGGAGAGGAGGAAUAUCAGCACACAUAUGUACGAAAUUAUCGAUAUAUCGUCCGAUCAUCGAUACUCUGGGGGCGAUAUUAUGUUACCCUCGCUUUCUAUAUCAGAUAUUGCUCCAACAGAUGAGACUUAUUACCGUGUUAGUGUAACAAACAAUGAUGGCACAACGACUAAAGAGGUUUACAUUGAUGUCGUGUUAAGUUCACCAUCCAUAUCGCUCAAUUCCAGAUACAGUGUUCUGUCCGGUGAAAACCUCACUCUUGAAACAAACAUUACAUCUGUUCUGCCUAUUACUAACGUGACGUGGGAAAGAAGAAACAGCAGCACUUACGUCUAUGAAAUUAUCGAUAUACUGUCCGAUAAUCGUUAUACUGGUGGAGAAAUUCUCUCACCAUCACUAACAAUUAUACACGUGGAUCUGACUGAUGAAACUUAUUAUCGUGUAAGAGCUACGAACGACGAAGGAACAACAACGACAACAGUUUACCUUGAUGUACUACCCCGGCUUCCUUCAAUAACAACUGGGCAAACAAAUUUUUACAUCGAGAAAGGAACAAAUGUAACUCUAUCACUCAACUACACAUCGGCUCUCAACGUCACCUCAGUCGUAUGGGAGAAAGGUAUCCCACCAAUGUUCUUUUAUGAACCAAUCGAUGUAUUGAACGAUGAAGGAUAUUAUGGGGGAACCAUCGAAUCUCCGUCACUUUUUAUCACCAGUAUAUCGUUAGAAUAUGUUUCCGCCCUCUAUCGAUGUAAGAUUUCAAAUUUGGAAGGAGAGAGCUACAGCAGCCCCUUUUACAUACGGGUUACAAAAUCUCCACCUUCGAUAUUACUAUCCUCGAGGUAUUAUGUUUAUACGGGAGCAAAUGUUACUCUAGAGACAGAAGUCAAUUCAUCUCUUGCAAUCACAAAUAUAACCUGGGAGAGGAGGAAUAUCAGCACACAUAUGUACGAAAUUAUCGAUAUAUCGUCCGAUCAUCGAUACUCUGGGGGCGAUAUUAUGUUACCCUCGCUUUCUAUAUCAGAUAUUGCUCCAACAGAUGAGACUUAUUACCGUGUUAGUGUAACAAACAAUGAUGGCACAACGACUAAAGAGGUUUACAUUGAUGUCGUGUUAAGUUCACCAUCCAUAUCGCUCAAUUCCAGAUACAGUGUUCUGUCCGGUGAAAACCUCACUCUUGAAACAAACAUUACAUCUGUUCUGCCUAUUACUAACGUGACGUGGGAAAGAAGAAACAGCAGCACUUACGUCUAUGAAAUUAUCGAUAUACUGUCCGAUAAUCGUUAUACUGGUGGAGAAAUUCUCUCACCAUCACUAACAAUUAUACACGUGGAUCUGACUGAUGAAACUUAUUAUCGUGUAAGAGCUACGAACGACGAAGGAACAACAACGACAACAGUUUACCUUGAUGUACUACCCCGGCUUCCUUCAAUAACAACUGGGCAAACAAAUUUUUACAUCGAGAAAGGAACAAAUGUAACUCUAUCACUCAACUACACAUCGGCUCUCAACGUCACCUCAGUCGUAUGGGAGAAAGGUAUCCCACCAAUGUUCUUUUAUGAACCAAUCGAUGUAUUGAACGAUGAAGGAUAUUAUGGGGGAACCAUCGAAUCUCCGUCACUUUUUAUCACCAGUAUAUCGUUAGAGUAUGUUACCGCCCUCUAUCGAUGUAAGAUUUCAAAUUUGGAAGGAGAGAGCUACAGCAGCCCCUUUUACAUACGGGUUACAAAAUGUAAGAAUUUUUUCUUUAACAUUAAAAAAAUCUGA